CUUCACGAUCUCCAUCUCCCAUCACAUUCCAUUCCUUCUCCGCUUUCCCUUUCCCUGCGAAAAAAGCUUCCUUCCUUCGCCUCCUCGGUCGGAGAAGAUGGUGCGGGCGCGACACCGGGACGACCUCUUCAUCACCGUCCCCAGCUUCUUCCGGUGCCCCAUCUCCCUCGACGUCAUGACGUCGCCGGUCAGCCUCUGCACCGGCGUCACCUACGACCGCGCCAGCAUCCAGCGCUGGCUCGAUGGCGGCAACAACACCUGCCCCGCCACCAUGCAGGUCCUCCACUCCCGGGACUUCGUCCCCAACCUCACCCUCCAGCGCCUCAUCCGGAUCUGGUCCGACUCCGCCCGCCCCGCCGACCAGCCGCCGCCCCCGCCUCCGGACUCGCCUCCCUCCCGCGACCGCGCCCUCGCGGCGGCCAGGAGCGUCGCGGCGGGAGGCGCCGGCGAAUGCGCGGACGCGCUGCCGAGGAUCCUGUGGUUCGCGAGCGAGUCGGAGGAGAACCGCGGUUUCCUCGCGAGGAUCGAGGGUUUCCCGAGCGCGCUGCUGAGGUUGCUCGACUUCGACGGCGACGAAUCGGAGAGGAGAGUGAGGUCUCUCGAGCUUGUGGUUAGGGUUUUGGGAAUGGUGUCGAGCAAGCUCGAAGACCGCGAGAGCUUCGCGAGCGCGGUCGCCAAGAGCGAUCGCCGCUGCUUGGAUUCCAUUCUCAUGGUGAUCGAACGGGGCAAAUCGGAGUCCAAGGUUGCGGCGGUCAGAAUCCUCGAAUCGGCCGCCAUAGACGCCGAGAAGAAGCUCGCGAUGGCGGAGUGCGAGCAACUCCUCCUCCGACUGCUGAACCUGGUCGCUCCGGAGACCGAUCUCGGCCUGCUCGAAGCGAGCCUCUCGUGCCUCAUCCAAAUAUCGGUCUCGAAGCGCGCGAAGACCAGGCUGGUGGCGCUCCGAACGAUCGGGCGGCUCGCGCGGCUGCUCUCCGCGCCGAGCUUGACAGUCCCGGUGACGGAGAAGGCGCUGAAGCUGCUCGAGGUGGCGUCCUCCGUGAAGGAAGGGCGGGCGGCGCUGUGCAGCGACGCGGCGUGCCUGGAGUCGGUGCUGCAGAAGGUGUUCAAGGUGUCGGGGCCGGCGACGGAGCACGCGGUGGCGACGCUGUGGAGCGUGUGCUGCCUGUUCGGGGACCAGAGGGCGCGGGAGGUGGUGGCGGAGUGCAACGGGGUGGCGAAGAUGCUGCUGCUGAUGCAGAGCAAUUCCCCGGCUCCGGUGAGGCAGAUGGCGGGCGAUCUGCUCAGGACCUGUAAGGUGAGCUCCAGGCGUCCAUGCUUGUCUAGCUACGAUACCAAGACGACCCACAUCAUGCCCUUCUGAUCUUGGCUUAACCGAAAUCGACCAUGGAGACCAGGCACGAACGAACAGAGUGAUCGACAGGGAGGGAGAUUUGACUGUGUAAUGCGUGUAAAAAAUCAAAAGGAGAAAUUUUUGGUAGUGAAUACAAGAGGCGAAACAUUCAUUUGAUUCUGUCCAUGGAUUGGGGCUUAAA